AUGCCCUACCCAUCUCCUCCCGCUUCACUCUACUUUGCUCCCCGCUGUGUGUUUUUUGUUGGACUGCUGCUCCUUGUCCAUUGGGGACCGUCAGAGGUCAGUUGCCAGAAUGACACAGAGCCAAUCGUGUUGGAGGGAAAGUGUCUGGUGGUGUGUGACUCCAAUCCCACAGCGGAGCCAGCGGGUAAUGCUCUUGGCAUGUCGGUAAGGUCAGGAACUGGUCGGGUGGCAUUUUCAGCCACCCGUAACACCAACCAUGAACCCUCAGAGAUGAGCAACCGCACCAUGACCAUCUACUUUGACCAGGUCUUAGUAAACGUUGGCAGCCAUUUUGACCCAGCAAGGAGUAUCUUUGUAGCUCCCAGAAAAGGAGUCUACAGUUUCAGCUUUCAUGUGGUCAAAGUGUACAACCGGCAGACGAUCCAAGUGAGUCUGGUUCUCAACGGCUGGCCGGUGAUCUCGGCCUUCGCAGGUGAUCAGGAUGUGACGAGGGAAGCUGCCACCAACGCAGGGCUGGUGUUGAUGGAGAGAGGCGACAAGGCUUACCUCAAACUGGAGAGGGGGAACCUGAUGGGAGGGUGGAAGUACUCCACUUUCUCUGGGUUUCUGGUGUUCCCCUUGUAG